UACUGGUUCAGGCACUUUCUGGUACAGUUACUUCCACCUUUUACUUCAACUUUAUAAAAAAAACAACGUAGAAUAUCAUAGAGAAGUCAAAUAUUCUUGUCCAUAUUGAAUUUGUCCAAACUCCAACCCCAAAACCUAAGAUGCCUCGUGGGACGCUUGAAGUUGUUUUGGUCAGUGCCAAAGGCCUUGAGGACAAUGAUUUUCUCUCUAGCGUAGAUCCUUAUGUGAUUCUUACUUACCGGGCACAGGAGCACAAGAGCACUGUGCAAGAAGGUGCUGGAUCUAACCCACAAUGGAAUGAGAGCUUUCUUUUCACUAUUUCUGACAGUGCUUCUGAACUUAAUCUAAGGAUAAUGGAUAAAGACAAGUUUAGUAAAGAUGAUUUUCUUGGCGAGGCAACAAUUCCUUUGGAUGCAGUGUUAGAAGAGGGUACCUUUCCUGAGACUGCUUACAAUGUUGUGAAGGACCAAGAAUUUUGUGGGGAGAUUAAGGUGGCUCUCACUUUUACUCCUGAGAGAGUUGCUGACCACCAGGGUUACAAUGUAGAGGGGGAUAGCUAUGGUCACAAUGCAGAGGGGGAGAGCUAUGGUGGAUGGAGAGAAUCAAGUAGGGAAUUUUAAAGUGAAGGAAGGAUUUACAUAUUUUCCCAGGCCAAGAAUUACUUUUAGAACCAAAAACAUGCAGUUUUGGGAAUUUCAAUUACUGUGUUUUCUGGUGUGAUAUCUUAUGGUGUUGUGCUGCUAUGUUGCUUUCCUUCAUUUUGAUUUAAACUGAAUUGUGGUUAACAUAUUGUCCUUUAUGCACCAAACCUUUUAUUUAUGAGCAGUGUUAUUUUAUUUUGUUGGAAGUUUUAUU